AGUAUUCGGUUCAGUUUGAAUUUCUCAACGCUUCAAGUGUAGGUACCUUGCUUUCAAGGUCGUUGGCAGGCUGGCCUGAUGGAUGAGGAGUAUGAUGUUGUUGUAUGUGGCACAGGUCUUAAGGAGUGCAUCUUGAGUGGCCUGCUUUCAGUCCAUGGCAAGAAGGUCCUGCAUUUGGAUCGGAAUCCGUACUAUGGUGGAGAUUGCGCGUCUCUGAACAUCACAAAUCUGUGGCAGAAAUUCAUGCCGGGCACAGAGCCUCCCAAGGAGCUGGGACAGAACAGAGAAUGGAAUGUGGACCUCAUCCCAAAGUUCAUCAUGGCUUCUGGUGACUUAGUCAAAAUUCUGUUGAAGACUAGGGUUUCGCGAUAUUUGGAGUGGAAAUCCUGUGAGGGGACCUAUGUGUAUCAGUACCAAGAGGCAGGCCUAUUCUCUGGGCCAAAGUACAUCCACAAGGUGCCUGCAACUGCGGGUGAUGGUCUCAAGUCACCUUUGAUGGGAAUGCUAGAAAAGCCGCGUUUCAUCAAUUUCGCUCAGUUCAUCAUGGGUUGGGAGGAUGACAAACCGGCGACGCACCAGGACAUUGAUCCCAGGCGUCACACCAUGGCACAGGUGUACCAGAAGUUCGGGCUGCAAGAGUCAACCAUUGACUUCAUUGGCCAUGCUGUGGCAUUGUGGCCCAACGACAACUAUCUCAAUGGGCCAUGUGGCCCAACGAUUCAGAAGUGCAGGCUGUACCUGACGUCCGUGUUGCAAUAUGGAGGUUCACCAUUCAUCUACCCCAUCUAUGGCCUGGGUGGUCUUCCUGAGGGCUUCUCAAGACUGGCAGCAAUUCAUAGAGGAACCUACAUGUUGAACAAAGGUGUUGAUGGAUUUGUCUACGAUGAUCAGGGCAGAGUCUGUGGUGUCAGAUCCGGGGAUGAGGUUGCGAAGUGCAAGAUGGUGAUUUGCGAUCCUUCAUAUGCAGAGCCAACAAGGACUGAGGUAAGGGGCCAGGUCAUCCGUGCCAUUUGCUUCGACCCAAGUCUUGAAUUGUUUGAUAUGAUUUGA